UAUGAAGAGUGUGCAAUAUAUUCUUUGCAAUAAUAAGAGACUAUAUCAUAAUAAUCAAUCAAUAUCUGUUUAUAAAAUUUGCAGAAUACAUUUAUGGAUAGCCUUUAUUGUCAAUCCUAAGGCAAGAUAAAUAGAAAUGAUUGAAGAUAGAAGUAAUGAGCAUCUCGAACCAAUAUGAUCUGAUCUUCUAAUUGAUUGCUUUUAUCGUAAGCUAUUUAAUUAAUGAAGUUUCAUUUCAGCGACUUGUCUAAUAAGUAUAUUUGAAUUGCUCUUAGAAUUGAGUUGUCCGAUCAACUUUAAAAUUAUUGAUAUUCACAUUUCUUAAUUUUGAG